AUGAACUCGUGGGACGCGGGCCUGGCGGGGCUGCUGGUGGGCACGAUGGGAGUCUCGCUGCUGUCCAACGCGCUGGUGCUGCUCUGCCUCCUGCACAGCGCAGACAUCCGCCGCCAGGCGCCGGCGCUCUUCACCCUCAACCUCACGUGCGGCAACCUGCUGUGCACCGUGGUCAACAUGCCUCUCACCCUGGCGGGCGUCGUGGCGCAGCAACAGCCAGCCGGCGACCGUCUGUGCCGCCUGGCCGCCUUCCUCGACACCUUCCUGGCCACCAACUCCAUGCUCAGCAUGGCCGCGCUCAGCAUUGACCGCUGGGUUGCCGUGGUGUUCCCGCUGAGCUACCGCGCCAAGAUGCGCCUCCGCGACGCCGCGCUCAUGGUGGCCUACACGUGGCUGCACGCGCUCACCUUCCCGGCCAUCGCGCUCGCCCUGUCCUGGCUGGGCUUCCACCAGCUGUACGCGUCGUGCACGCUCUGCAGCCGGCGCCCCGAAGAGCGCCUGCGCUUCGCGGUCUUCACCGGCGCUUUCCACGCGUUCAGCUUCCUGCUCUCCUUCGUCGUGCUCUGCUGCACGUACCUCAAGGUGCUCAAGGUGGCCCGAUUCCACUGCAAGCGCAUCGACGUGAUCACCAUGCAGACGCUCGUCCUGCUGGUGGACAUCCACCCCAGCGUGCGGGAGCGCUGUCUGGAGGAGCAGAAGAGGAGGCGCCAGCGAGCCACCAAGAAGAUCAGCACCUUCAUAGGGACCUUCCUCGUGUGCUUCGCGCCCUACGUCAUCACCAGGCUGCUGGAGCUGUCCUCCACGGUGCCCAUCGGCUCCCACUGGGGGGUGCUGUGCAAGUGCUUGACCUACAGCAAGGCCGCGUGCGACCCCUUCGUGUACUCCCUGCUGCGGCACCAGUACCGCAAGAGCUACAAGGAGAUCCUGAACAGGCUGUUCAACAGGCGGUCGCUCCGCUCCUCCGGCCUUAGCGGCGACUCGCACAGCCAGAACAUGCUGCCGGUCUCUGAGUGAAGGACCCCGCUCCUGCCGCACCGUCUGGCAUGAGGCAGCUGGUGAGAAGGCCGGGAGGGCUGGGGCCCCCGGGCAGACACCCCCAGCCGCCACCCAGUGACUCUGGUUCCCUGGCUUGGAGGGGCUCCUGAGGCUGCCCCCCGGGUCCUCAAGGGCAGCCGGCGAGCUGCCCCUACGUACCACCAGAGGACGACCGUGGGAUGUGCUCUGGCUCCUCUCUCUGAGAAGCUCCUCUGAGCUCCUAGACUCACCAGAGGCUCCUAGAGGUGGCAGUCCGGUCACGAUCAAAGGACACACGGUGCUGGUGGCGGGUGGGAAGGCAUGGCUCCCAUCUGCUUCCUAAGCACUCGCUGUUGGGCUCCAGGCUGCAGAGGAGCGGUGGCCUCCACGGGACACGGGACACGGGACAUGGGACACGGGGGAGGUUGGCGCUGGCCCUGCGGCCCCACGUGGAGCCUGGCCGCCCUCGUCCGUGUGAUCGCAGAGGCUGCCUCAGCCCAAAUGUCGCGCAGCCGGUCCUCACUGCGCUGUGCUCAGCGAGACGACGUUCGAGGACUCGCGGCUGCCCGGUUGCUGCCGACCAGUCUCAGCCAUGCUUCCGUCUGUCGGGUCAGCCUCUGCUCCUCCCUUUGCCCCCACGGCUGCCGUGUGUGUGUGCAGACAACCCGAGCACGCGCGCAGUUUCAACAGGCAGGCAGUCCGGGGAAUAAGGUUCUCCCCGAAGUCUGACCCUGAAGUCGCCCUCUGGCGACUUGUGUGCCGUAGCGUUGGCACCCAGGGGAGGCAGGAGGAAGGUGGCUGGCUGGCCCCCCACCCUGACUUGUGGGAGCCGGAUCGGCAGGGGGCGCCUCACCUCGUCGCACAUGUCUGGUCUGGCACGUCCUUGGCAGUGGACAGACAGGAACGGACCCGAGCCGGGUGCCAGCAGUGACUUCGGGGCCUGGGGCUGCAUCCUGCUCGUGUCUGUAAGUCCGCCCACCCACAGACAGUGGGGGCAGUCCGAGGGGAGCAAGAGAGUGCCCUGUGACAAUGACAGGAGAGGGAGGUUUUUAUUGCACAUUAUAACCAUAAUACGUGUGCUGACCCAUUAGCAGCCUCCGUCUGCAUUCAAUAAAAACCGAGGUGAGUGGACCGUGCCUUCUGCCCGUUCCAUCUUCGGUCGCCACGUCGAGUGGACACGUGACUGCUCAGGGCGGCCGUCUCUCAGGCCCCUGGGGGACUGCUCUGGGGCGGCAGGGAGGGGGAGAGGCAGGCAGCCUUUCCUCUUCCACCUGCUCCGCACGGCCUAGCUUUGGGGGUGCAGAGGGGAGGCCACAGUCCCCUGGGGACCCACCGGGAAGACCCCUUGCGUUUUCACUGCCAGGCGGCCCCAGGAGUGAGAGAAAGGAAGUGCUGUUCACGCCCGUUUGAGAAGAUGUCUUAUGAAACUCAGCUUCUCAUUUAGAACACAGACCAUGGAGCCUGGGCUCCUCUUGCCUAAUUUCAAGGUUUCCAUGGAGACUAGAACAGAGACAGAUGCAGCUUCCCAGGCCUCCCUCCGAUUCCGGGUGCAG